AUGGACGCCGCGCAACAGCAGCAACAGGCCCCCGGGACCCAACCGAUGGUGCCUCAGCACUCCAACCUGAUCCGGACCGAUCAGGUGCAGAAGCUCCCCCAUCUCACCGACCAGCAGAAGACCCAGCACACCCAGGUGGUGCGCAACUUCUGGGAAAUCCUCAAUAACCGCGACCCCCAGAGUACCGACUACCAGACGGCGCACACCCGACUGACCGCCAUCUCGCAGAAUCUGAUGAAGGGCAUGCGCGCCUUUCAGCAGAACCGCCAACUGCAGCAGCAACAGCAACUCCAGGCCGCCUCCGCCGCCCAGCAGGGCCAGUCCAUCCCACGCCCCCAGUCCGUCGCGCCGCAGUCCUUCAGUGGCCUCCUCCCCCAGAUCCAGCAGAAAGUCAACGCGUUGAACUUCUUCCUCCCGCCCACCAUCAACAACGAGCAAGCCCAGGGCUGGCUGCAGGAAGCCAAGCUUCGAUACGGCAUCGCGCUUCAGAAACAGGAAGUCGGCCGCGCCCGUCUCGCCGAGUCGUCCGGUAACCCGGUGACCCAGGAGGAACUCCAGGAAUUCAAGACCCGGCAGAUCGCCGCUGAGAAGAUCUACCGCGAGGGUGGUGAGUUUCUGCAGAAGUUCCGCGACCAGCAGGACACCUUCAAGUCGCAGCAUCAGGCUCGCGCCGCCGGCGCCCAGGGCGUGCCCGCCGGAAACGCUGCAGGCACCGCCGGUAGCCCGACCAACGGGCCUGGGGCCAUGCACCCGGGCCAGGCAUCCACGCCCGCGCCACAUACCAUCACCUCCGCGGUGAGCGCCGCGCGCAACCAGGCCAGUCAGACAGCCAUGUCGCCUUCCACGUCGCAGCAGGGCCAGACCCCCGCUCCUGCCACGCAGGGCCUCGCGCAGCAAACCCCUGCGCAACAGGGCACCCCCGCCGGCCAAGUAACCUUCACGCAGGCGCAGGUGCCCGGCGCGGACGGGUCGACGCCCGCGCAGACGCCGCAGUCGGCGACUGCGCAAGGCCCGCCGCGCCCUUUGUCGCAGCAGGCAGCCAUGGCGCAGGCCGCGCAGAACUACUCCAAUAACAACGCCGUCAACAACAACGCGGCCAUGACGCAACAACCCCAACAACAGCAACCGCAACCCAUGACACAACAAGGCGCCAACAACCACGCCCACCCCAUGAACCGCGCUUCCGACAACACCGCCCGCAACCUCAACAUGGCCAUCCCCAAGAACCUCAACGUGCCGCCCCCCGAGCCCGUCUCCAUGGCCCCUGCGCGCCCCACCCUCUCCGGCGGGCCCAGCCACGGCGGCAUGGGCAUGAUGGGCCAACCCGCCAUCCAGAAACACCCGGGCUACGUCCUCGAAGGCGAGGGCCAGCGCGUCCUCAGCAAGAAAAUGCUCGACAUCCUCGUCCGCCAGGUCACCGGCGGCGGCGAAGGCGAGGGUCUCACUCCGGAUGCUGAAGAGUUCAUCCUCCAAAUGGCCGACGACUUCGUCGACGACGUCAUCACGGCCGCCUGCCGUCUCGCCAAACUGCGCCCCUCGUCCACCCUCGAGAUCCGCGACAUCCAGCUCGUCCUCGAACGCAACUACAACAUGCGCAUCUCCGGCUUCUCCACCGACGACCUCCGCACCGUCAAGAAACCCCAGCCCACCCAGGGCUGGACCCAGAAAAUGUCCGCCAUCCAGGCCGCAAAGGUCACGCAGGGGAAGGCCGAAUAA